AUGUCAAUAUGCCAGGACAAGACUUGUUUAAAGGACGCCUACAUCAUUUACCUCAAUGCUGAUGAGUCAAUUGAUGCAACAAGAAAAGGGAACCUUGCGAGAUUUAUCAACCAUUCAUGCCUUUGUGCUAUAUACUUAUUGCUUGGAAGAUUGACAUUCUGCAUCAUUAUCUGGCCAUUUUUGUAUUUCCUUGAGGCCACGUACCUGUGGGAAGAUGAUGAUGACAGGUUUUCUGUUGAGAAUAUCCCUCUUUAUGAUUCUGCUGACGAUGAACCAACAAGCAUUAACAAGGAUAUCCUCUUAUCAAGUCAUGGCAUGGUUACUGAAUACAGCAGCAUCAGCACAGUCCAGAGUACCGAGAAUCCUGGAAACGCUGGAACAAAUGAAUUUGCACCAAUUAUUGUCGACGAACUGACAGCAAGCUCAAAUGGAUUAGCACCAAUGAAUAUUGAACCAUUGACUGCAAGCUCAAAUGCAUUCACACCAAUGACUAUCGAGCCAUUGAAUGCCAUGCCAAUGGUAGCUCAUGUAGUCGAGAAUGGGUCAACUGAAUAUAGUGUACAAGGCACUAAUGAUCAUGACGUUUCUCAGAAUUCAGUGCCCAAAGCUGCAAAUCAUGCGAAUCAAACUGGAUCUCAAAACAACAGCAACCAUUCAGCGUUGGUCCCUGUAAAGUCCGCACCGAAACGUCGUGGUAGGAAACCUAAACGCGUUCUGCACAAGCAGCUGGAUAUUCCAGAUAUCUGUGACCGGCUUACAUCAUCUGUGGCGUGCGAAGAAAUACUGUCUUGUGAGGAAGUGAAGAAUCAGGCUUUUUCCGAAAUCGACGCCCUGUAUGAUGAGAUAAGGCCUGCGGUUGAAGAGCAUGAGAGGGAUAAGCCAAGACACACAAGCCUCGCGGAGAAGUGGAUCGAGGCCAGCUGCUGCAAGUACAAAGCCGAAUUCGACCUGUAUGCUGCAAUAAUCAAGAACAUUGCCUCCACACCGCUAAGAUCGAAGGACGAUGUGGCCCCGAGAGAGCAGAACGGAUUGAAGUACUUGGAGAACGGAUCAUGA